GUUUGUGUGAUGGAUUUGUUUGAAAGUGAUUUAAUAUUUUAGAUUAAGAAAUCUGAAAUAAAAGUAAAAAAAAAUGCCAGCAGCAAGUAGAAGCAAUCCUUGGAGAAUCCAACCAAAGCCAGUUCCUGUUCCUUAUGAUAAAACUGCUAAGAUAGCAGCAAGGAGCUUGGCAACUUACAAAACACAGGUUCCCUCUCCAAAAGAUGCCAGGGAGGAAAAAUACAGACGGCGCCAGUCUCAGCUUACAUCCCAGGGCUACUUUGCUGCUCCAAAUGUGCCAUACAAAGGACUGGGGGACCCGUUCUAUUUGGAUGAGCAGAGGAUGAUUCUUCAUGCUCUGGGACAGUGGGAUAGUAAAUAUGAUGAGGAGACGAGCAGUAGCAGUGAUGAAGACGAAUAUGACAUCUCAGCUGAACUCCAGCAACAAAAGAAACAGGUGUCUGCAGCUUCCUUUGUUCUCAGGAGGUCCAAAAAAGACAUGAACACACUACAAAGGGAAGUCAUCCAUGGACGGAAUAUGAUUCGAAAUGUUAAACUUGGACAUGGAUUAUUUGAUCUUAUAAAAUCUGAACAAGCAGCCAAGCAACAAUCAGAAAAUGAGAUGAAUCAGAAGAGGGCAGAGCUAAUGAAGAGUGAGUGGCAGCCGCCCAAACUGGAUUCCUCCUCGGAGGAGUCGGAUGAGGAGUUUGAGGAGGACGUGGAGUUAUCCAGCUUCAUGAAACACACAGAGAUUAAGGAGCUGACGGACGAGGAGGAUCCAAAGUCCGACUCUGAGUCCCCUGACCCCAGGGGACGGGUGUCCUUCCAUCGUCAUAGGGAGGAGGAUGAAGAAACUGAGCUGGGAAUUUCCCGUUCCCUGACUACCACCCCCAGAUCCCCAGGGAGAAGGAAAAAAAUCAAGGCCCCUCGUCCUUAUACCCCCCAACACACUAACAUCAUAGAAACCAAAGAAAACAUAGCAAAAGAUGCAUUUUUCCGGCAACUUUGUGCUUUGCAUUGGAUUUUAGAGGCAAUGGCUCUACAUGCCAGAACAGGGGGAGAUAACUCUAUCACGAUGUCUCCAAUCACAUCUAGCUGGAAGUUAAAUGAAAUUGGAGGCACCAAAACUUUUCCAAGAGAUCAUGAAGGAAUGACAUGGAAAGAAUUGGUCAACCUGGAAAUAUCUCCUAAAGUACCAGCCAUCAAGAGGAAAAGCACAAGAGUAACUAACAUGAAAAGGCAGCCAGGAAGCCACCGAAAUAGUGUGUUCUCUAACUUUCUGGGAAUGGCUAACGUGUCCGGGUCCACUAAUUUACGAGUCAGCAGUUCCCUAGACAACAGCGUGGAUGAAAGUAUGGGAUCCACGUCUAAAGUGGACGGGAAAGAGAAGGAGGAAGAGGAUGAUGGGAAAUAUGUCAGUAUAUUUAAGUAUCUGAAUGAAGACAUCUCCACAAAGCUGUAUGAGGAUGAUGAAACUCAGGAACCUGUUCACCCUGUCAGAGUCAGGAAGGAGCACAAAAAAGACAAAAGGGGUAAAGAUGGAGAACAUUCUCCAAAGAAAUCACCAAGGAAAUCAGCUGACCCAGGGGGGGAACGAGGAAGAUCAGCUGAAAGAGGUCGCUCAGCCAGUAAUCAGCGCGAGUCAUCUCGAUCAAAUCGAGCAGACUCAGCUGUGAUACGCCCCAAAAGUUCUCCCCAGCUGGUUGAGUUCCAGAACAACAGAGCCAGCUGUAAAUACCAGAAUGUUGUCAAUGAGAUGCACCAGAAGUUUCAGGAGAGGAAGGAGGAUGCAGCCUUACAACUCCACGAACAGCUAGAACAGUUAGAGAAACAGAGGUUUGCAGUUUGUCAGAACAAGUUUCUGGCCAUUAACUCCCAGCUGAAGGGUAGCAGUUUCCACAGAGCAGUGCAGGAAAUGAGAGACCGAAGCAACCGAAUGUUUACUCGACCGAACCAAGAGCUGCUCAAAAAGAAACAAGAGGAGGGAUCCAAGGGAAACUGGUAUGCAGAUCUUAUGGCCAAUUCCCCUGAUGAGAUUAAGGAUGAGUGGUACUACAAAGUGAUAAUGAAGAAACUAGCCAGAUAUGGACUGAUGUCAAAUCCCAAUCAAGUAUGGAAAAAAGUGACUGUUAUGAGAAUUGAGGGAGCUGGCCAGCAGUUGAGUAAGAGAACAUUCUUUAAAGUGCUAGAGAGACUGCGUGAAUGGGAGAUCUGUAGCCCCGACAUCUGUGCUGCCAUAGAAUUCUGUCGCGAGAAGAUCGUGGAAAUGAGCGUGGAGGAUUUUGAGGAAUGGUUCUCCCAGCAAUUCCCAAAAAUUCAGCGCCCACAGACAGCGCCGGUGGGAAAGAAGAAGAGCAAGGAGGGAGAUAAUCUACAAGUAGCCCUCAAGGAGCGCUUCCCCAGCGCCUACACAAACCGUGCCAAGAGCGGAUUUCACCCCCGGGGACAGAGAAGUAAGAGCGGCUAUGCCUCUUUUGGGCGGCCAUUAUCCACAUCAACCACAGUUACUGUGGCCAACCCGUGGGUAGUAGUCAGGCCUAUGUCUAUGAGAUAGGCUGAACUAUUAAGCUGCCAAACAGAAUAUCUUUAAACAAAAUUGUACUAGCUUUAUGAAAAGCACUUUUGAACAUAGCUUUAAAGAAAUGAAAUUUAUCAUUUCUCUAUAUAGCCUUUUUUCAUGGAUAUUUUAAAAUUAGAAUCCUAUCCAUGUCUGCGAUUGUUGUUUUUUCUUUAUUUUAUUUUUAUAUUCAUUAAUGUCUCAACAGCACAAGUCUGUGAUACGUUUAUAUAUAGUUUCAUAUUUAUAACAGUACUGUGAUUCUGCGGCUUUAUAAAAUAUUGCUCAAUUCUGCUUCCGGAGACCAGAAUUUUAUAUAUGGUUGUGAAAUAUAUCAGCAUUCAUAUAUGUAAUGUUGUUCCAUACAACAGAUUUACGUGAUUUUACGAUUUAUACUGAUUAUACUUUAUCAUUGUAUGCUUGUUUGCAAUGUCUCUUAAGCUUUACAAAGAUCAGGAAAAUUGAAUUGCUAUCUAAUUAAUGUUAUUGAUUUGUCAAGGUCAAAUUUACUCUGUGCAGUCUCAUUAUUUGAAAUCUCACCAAAAUACAGAUGUUAAAACAGGGUAUUAUUAAUGUAAAUUGUGUACAAAAUUUACCAUUUUGUGCUCAUGCAUUUUUAAAAGAAAGCAUACCCAUGCACACAUACAAAUGCAUGGGGAUUCUGUGCUAAAUUCUAAGAUGUACUGUAUGUUCAAUAUUGUAAUUUUUUCAAAAGACAUAUUUAUGAUGUUGUAAAUAUAGGGGGUAUUAAUGUUAGAUAAAUUUAAGUGCUAAGGAAUUAACAAGAUUUGCUGAUGCUUCGUUUUGUCUUGCAGCCUAGAUUUAGAGAGAGACAGGUAACUUUAAGUGUGUUUAUUCAAGUUAUACACAUGUAUUCAGAUGUGAACACUAGUGUGGCUCGUCGUGUGUCUAGAGAGUGUGACACAGAACUAUGCUUACAUUAUUACAUUGUCCACAUCACAUCUCAAUCACUUAACUCACAUGUAAUUUAUGUUCACAUAGGAAAUACAUCAGUAAAAAUAUCUCAUGUUCGUUUUGCAUCUCAGGGUAAUUUUUUUAAGCAUCCAAAAAUUUAAUUAGAUCACAAAUAUUUAACUGUUUUAUAAAAAAACGAAAGUGUCAUUAUUUCUGUACAAUUAGGUAUUGUUCAAAAAGCAGAAAAUGAUUACUGCAUACAAUAAUAGAGAUAAUUUUAGUCUUAAAUAUACAUGUAUAUUAAGUCUAGACUUUAACUUUAAGUGUUUUAGAAUGUAUUUAGAAUACACAAUGUUUUCAAUGAAGGGAUUUAAAUUUGACCUUGAGUAAGAUGAUGUAGAUCGGACAGUGACAUUAAUAGGACAUCAUGGGGGUAAUGUCCUUAAAACCUUAAGAGUGUCCAUAGAAUAUUCACUGACAUGAAUUUAUUAAGGAUUUUAAGGAUUCACAAUUUCACCCAACUAGCCACUAAAAAGAAUUUAUUAUAUAUGUAGCAAAGCUAAGAAAGUGCUUCUGAUACUUUUGUUUAUUGCAUUUUACAUAUAUUUUAGAUGUAUUGAAAUGUUUCUCCUUCUUUAAGUUCAUUUAUCAGUAAACCAUUCAAUUUAGAUUACAUGUAAUGUUUUUUUUUAUUUCUAGUGUAUAGAUGUGUAUUACUACAUUUUUUUCCUUGCACAGAAAAUGGUUUCCUUUUACUGAAAAAUUAGAGAAUUACCAGUUAUGUUUUUUGAUGUGAUACAGAAAUGAUAUUAAAUUAAUAUCUAAAAAGUCCUCAAAUGGACACAGCUAUUGAAUAGGGAAAGUAGUGUGUUAAAUACAUACCUCUGUCUCAGUUAUAAAAUCACUGUGUCAAAAUUAUAAAGCUGUGAUUAACUAAUACAUUAAUUCUGCAGAAGCACAUUAUUAAACAGUGUCUUGCAUGCAAUUGCAACAUCGUUUAAUUUUUUUUUUUUUUUUGAAUAUUAAAUUAAAAAAAACACUUUUUCUUUGCCUCUCAAAGUUUGCUCAAUCUUCUCGAGAAUCUCAAAUUUCUUCAUAAAGUUAAUUUCUUAUGGCAUUAAUUUUAUGCCAGUUUGCUCUGUUAUAAUGUAUUAUAUAUAGUGAAUGAAUCUUCAAUGGAAUCUAUUUGGUCCAGCAUAAGGUUUUAUUGUAUUGAUUUACAAAAUUUAAGUUUUAAUUAAAAUUUUCAAUGAAAUAUGUAUAAAGCGUUUUCCCUCUUGUGAUAAUUUGAAUUAUUUCCGGUCUUUUUGGAGUAAGAAAUCCUUAACUUUUAAAAAAGUUAUCACAGAAUUAUAAAUUUCUGUCUUUUAGGUCCCAAGUCCUGACAAUGGUGCCACAAAAAGUUCCUACACAAUGAUAAUGUGUCAAAUGCCAUGUCUGAUGGUCAUGUUUUAAAAUCUGCCAUACCUACUUGUAUCUUGAAUUGAAUGCUUACAGAUUUCUUUUAAAUGUAGGAAAUAAGUUUAUUUUCUUCAGUAUUUUAAGAUUUUACUUUCGCCAUGAUUGUUUGUAUAGGAAUACAUUAUUGGUAUAAAUUUAUCUGCUUUAAAAUAAAACAUUGCCCAAAUUUAGUGAUCUGUUUUUGUUUUUUGUUUUUUAUAAAAUUUACCAUGACCACAUUAUUCACAUUUUGUCUCAAUUAAUUACUUUAUCAUUUUAGGGAUUAUGUUUUUGUUUAUAAAGAUUUAUUUAAUCAGGGAGUGCAGGCUUAGUUUUAUGUAUUUUAAUUCUGCCAAGUGAAUGUUUUGAACACAAGUAUUUAUAUGUUAGUGUUUCUUGUAUUCUCUGAUAUUGUUCAAGCUGGUUGUGUUACCUCCCUUGGAAAGGAGUUUUACAUACGAUGUAUGUUGAGAAAUAAAGUUGUUGAAAUAUG